CACGUUAAUAAAUAAUCACAAUAUUGAGGGCAACUUUACCAUUAUGUGUGAAUGAUAUUUAUCCAUCUCCAUUUUCGACCGCAAAAUCAUUUCAUUUCCACAUAGCCGAUGGUUUCUACCCAUCUUCACUACAUUUUUUCUUCAAAAAAAUUUCAAAGAAAUAUCCAAAUUUCUCAGCUCCGAUUCUUCCUCCAAAGAAAUUUAUCUUCAGUAUAACAAUUGGGUACCUUGUCGACUGCUUAGAAUUCUCGGAGGCGUUCGGCGUUGAAGCCAAUGAAUGCUGCGCCUAAGAGAAAUGAUUCAAUAAUUUCAUCAACAGCUACCAUCGUGGCUCUUGAGGUAACAGAGAAAGUUGAGGCAGCAGACUUUGAGAAAUUGGCUAAGGAGCUUCAAAUUCCUUCUCCUCUUGAGAUUAUGGACAAAGCACUUGAGAAAUUUGGGGAUGACAUUGCUAUUGCGUUUAGGAAGCAAAAUAUUGAGCAACAGAGAAAAAAUUUACCAAUUGCUGAAGGUUGACACAGUGGCAUACCAGUUAUCGAUGUUGAAAGACAUGUUUCUAAAUGGGAUGAACGUCUUAUCACUUUUCUCUAGGAUUGGCGGUGCUGCAGCUGCUCUUCACCGUCUGGGGAUUCGACUGAAUAAUGUGGUCUCUGUGGAAAUAUCUGAAGUCAACAGGAACAUUGUGAGAAGCUGGUGGGAGCAAACCAAUCAGAGAGAGAAUCUCAUAGAUUUUGAUAAUUUGCAGCAGUUGAGAGAACUUGCUGGUGCUUUUGCUGGAGGAGAUAUAGGUGCAGCAACAACAGGUGUAGUGGGAGCAGCAGCUGGAGCAGAUGCUGGCGUAACAGGAACAGCUGUAGGUGGAGCCAAGGCUGGUGCUGUAGCUGGAGCAGGUAAUAUUUUAUACCACCAGAAGCUCCAGUCAGUAAUAUUUUAUACCAUCAGAAGCUCCAGUCAGUACUGGUACUUACAGAGGAUGAGAGAGAUCCAUACAAAUACCCAAUCAAGGCCAAUAUCAGAUCAGCCUUAUGCUGGCUUGUUCAUGGUUGUCAGCCAGGAGAGGCCAUGGCACACGAGUACAAGACCUGGACAGUGAUGAGAUUGACGGGCACGAUGAAUCACUAUGCCCUGUUGAUUAUGAGACAGAAGGGAGAAUACUAAUGCUUGAUGUAAUGAAACUUCACAUUAAGUAAUGGUAAAAGUAGUAUGUCAAAUGUCUUCAAGCAGGGAUGGAUAUUUUAUGUGGGCAGACCAUCGAAUCAGCUCAUACAAAGGCACCAGAGGAGGAAUAGCUAUCUCUAUCAGCACUUGUGACGACCAUCAAAAUUCUGGAGAUACAACGGCUUUCACAGGCGUUCCAACGGGUGCGGUGACUUAUAGUCUCAUCCAAACAUUGGAGCAAGAGACUAAAUUGGCGUAUGGAAGCUUACUCAUGAGUAUGCAGAAUAAGAUUCAUGAAGCACAGACUUAGCUCUUCAUGAAAAAAGUAAAAAAGGUGGUUGUUUUUGGCUUUGACAUUUGAUUUUCAUCAUAGGCGUGUUAACAUCUAUAUGUGUCAAUGGUAUCAACAUUUCACAACAAUCCAACUACUUUACCAAUAGGUGUUUCAUUGUGAGCUCGGGAGAUUGAUCACAGCAACAACUGCAUCCGCUAUUGUAGAAUUUAUAAAUAUUAUCUCUAGCAAUGUAAAUAGCCAACAAUCACUAUAAUAUGUAAAUAUGAGCAUCUGGUAGUCUGUUAUUUCCAUGAUUGUGUAAUACAUACAUUUGAACUCAUUUUCAUCAAUUGAUCCAAUCAAACGGAAUAGUCUAUUGCUGUUA